AUGUUCAAUGCAUCUCCGCUCUCAUCAGCUCUCAAUAUGAGUAGGCCCGUCAUCUUGGAUUCAGUGCCGGCCUUUCUGGCGACGGUUCUGGUAAUAGUCUUAUUGACACGCUUCCUGAGUGGUGCCAGCGGGAGUACGGCCGCAUCAGAUGGCAGUGUUGCUAGGAAGGUUCAUCGUGUGCCGUACUACUUCCCGGUCCUCGGUCACAUAUUUGAGUUUUUCUUCAGCACGGAUGCUUUCUUGAAUGGAUUGAGGACAUCUAAUACACAUGGGAUAUUUGGCCUCAAUCUGCUCGGUUACACACACAAUAUUAUCUUCUCGCCAUCUCUCAUGGACGGCGUGCUUGCUCAAGAUGCCGCUGUAUUGGAUCGUGCAGCUUUCACUUGGGUCAUCCUCAAGAAUGCGUUCCAGCUCCCGGCUAGAUUGAAAAAUGAGAUUCUCCAAGUCUACCAGGAACUCCAACAGCUACUGUCUGAGCAUCUAGAGGGUCCACAAAGCAGGAACAGCACCGUGCCGCUAGUCCUGCGGAACUUACAAGAACAUCUACCAAACCUUGUCACGUUCAACUCCAGCCUCGUAGAUCAAUCAACGUGGGAACGUGUCAGUAACACCCAGCUCGUCAUCCAAGCGGAUGCCGAAGCCGUCGUAGAGACUAGUCUGCUGUACGUAUUUUUCCUUCCACACCAACCUGCAGCAGCUUACCGGGCCUGUAGAUCACUGAUACACGACAUUCUGAACGCCGCCAUCCUUCCCUCUAUACUAGGCCCCUCCUUUCUUGAGAACUUCUCUUACCCCGACCUCACCGCCGACCUCCAAACGCUCUCCUCAUCCUUCCACCUCCUCGCCUCCGGCCUGCCCCGCUGGGUCCCCCUACCCGGCCUCGUCCCCGCACAUCUAGCCCGCCGACGCCUCCUCAGCGCCCUAACAAACUUCUACCGCAGCAUCGACUCCGAUUCCGUCGCCUCCGAUGAGCAACUACCACCCCUCCUCCGCGCCGCAAACAAACUCUACACCUCGCACAACCUGUCCCCCUCAACACGCGCCUCUCUCACCCUCUCCCUCCUCUGGACUCUCACCGCCCAGAUCCACACCCUCGCCUUCUGGCUCCUCCUCCGCAUCCUCAGCACCCGCUCCAUCGCCGCCCGGAUCCUUACCGAAACGGCCACUUGCGCACACGCGACGCAGCCGCCGAACGAAUUCGGCAUCCCCGAGCCACCGCGGCUGGAGCUCGAUGUUAAGGGUCUGCGAGGCAGGUGUCUGCUGCUGAAGAGCUGCUAUGUCGAGACUGUGCGGCUUGAUGCCAGGGUGUGGAGUGUGGGGAAGGCGAAGCGGGACUUUGUGGUGCAGGAGAGUGAGGAAGAUGCUGUGGGUGGGAGGCCAGAGAGGUGGACGAUUGGGAAGGGGGAGUGGGUUGGUGUGCCGCAUUGGCUGCAUCAUGCUGAUCCGGCAUAUUUUGUGCAGCCGAUGGUGUGGAGGCCUGAGAGGCAUGUCAAGCCUGCGGUAGAAGCUGGCGGGCUAGGGGAAUUCGAGUGGGGGAGUGUGAUGGGAUUUGGAGAUGGAGGCGGUCUGUGGAAAACGGGGUCGUUCACAGAGGAUAUAGUUCUGGCCUUCGUUGCGGGUGUUCUUGCGCUGUGGGAGAUUGAGCCGGCGAGUUGGAAAGGUUGGGCGAUACCCAGGAAACACCAAGGCUUUCUGGUGCUAAUGCCCAAGAGCGAUAUCAGGAUUCGGAUCAGAAGGAGAAGCCUGCAAUAG